UGCGCAUCUCCGAUAGGGACCGCCACAAAUUUCCCAAAAUGGAAUCCAGCCUGAAUGGAAGCGCCUACUUGUUAUCAUAGUGACGGCUCUGACCAUACAUAUACUUGUGAAGGGAAGCCGAGAAUCAGGUGACCAUCCGAAAUGUCUCGAUGUGGCGAGGAGAAGAUCGUUGAGACCCCUGUGACCGAAUUGGCUGCCAGAGCCCCAUGGGAAGACGACAAAGUCUCUGCCGUGGAAGUCCGAGUCGAUGGUGCUGCAAAGCUUGAGGCCGUCCAUCAAGCGUGGGAUAAGAAGCUGCAGUGGGCGGUCUUCAUAGGUAUUGCGCUCUCAGCGUACAUUUACUCCCUUGAUGGGGUCACGACGUGGCAGUAUUUGUCAUAUGCUACGUCCACCGUCCUCAAGCAGUCCCUUUCAGGCACGAUAUCGACUGCUCAGGCCAUCAUAAUUGCCAUCGGUAAACCUUUGAUGGCCAAGCUCGCCGAUGUUAUGGGUCGGGCGGAGACUAUGCUUCUCGUUGCAGUCCUCUAUGUCUUGGGAUACAUCCUUAUCGCUACUGCGCAUUCCAUUGGCCAGAUCGCCGCGGGUGAAAUCAUCUAUGCAUUUGGCUAUACUGGCCUGCAGAUGCUCCAACAAAUCAUUAUUGCGGAUCUCACCUCGUUGCGAUGGAGGGGUCUUGCGACUAGUCUGUUGACCGCUCCGUUCAUCAUCAACAACUUUGUCGCAGGUGCUAUCGCUCAGGGGGUUCUCCCAAAUUGGCGAUUGGGCUACGGCAUGUUCGCUAUUCUCGUGCCCGUCUGCCUUACUCCUAUCAUCGGGGUUCUUUUCUAUUCACAAUACUUUGCAAAAAAGACAUCCCGGUCGCCUGCCGCUUCGAGCGUGGUCGAUCAUCGUGUGAUACGCCUGGCGCUGGCAGACAUGGACUUCAUCGGAUUAAUACUCGUUGGAGCCUCGCUGGCCUUGAUUCUCUUACCCCUUGGACUGGCUCCGGAAGCGAGCAAGGGGUGGAAGACCCCGAGUAUGGUGAGCAAGUACAUGAGUCAUCCUGAAAUACAGCCUGCUAUGAUUGCCGUGGGAGCACUUCUCUUCCCAGCUUUCCUGUUGUACGAGUGGAAAAUCCCCAAAAAGCCUGUUCUUCCCAUGCGAUGGCUCAGACAAUCGGCCAUUUUGGGCGCUUGCCUCAUUGGAUUCUUCGAUUUCAUAUCCUUCUACCUGCAGUACACGUACCUGUACUCAUACAUCUUCGUGACAGAAAAUUGGUCUUUCCUCGAUCUCAGCUACUUUUCUGCCACUCAAUCACUGUCGCUGACGGCAUUUGGCAUUCUCGGGGGAAUCAUCAUGUGGGCCUCACGCAGACUGAAGUGGCUACUUCUCGCCGGGGUCUGCCUUAGACUGCUCGGUGUUGGCCUGAUGCUUUACGCCCGUGGUCCUCACGGCAAUACCGCGUCUCUCGUUCUGUGCCAAGUAAUUCAAGGCAUGGGCGGCGGAUUCGCCGCAACCUGCAUUCAAGUCGCGGCCCAAGCUGCUGUCAGUCACGCCGACGUUGCCACUGUGACGGCUAUCCUUCUCCUCCUGACAGAGGUCGGAAAUUCCGUCGGCUCCGCCAUUAGCACGGCUGUCUGGACGUCCACCAUGCCUCGGGAAAUUGCCAAGCAUGUGCCCAGCACCAACAACACGUUGUUAUAUGAGCUAUAUGAGGACAUGGAAGCGGUUGUACUCUACCCCCUGGGCAGUCCGGUCCGCGAGGGCGUCAUAUCGGCCUACCAAAGUGUUAUGCUCCGUCUCUGCCUUGCAUCGGUCAUCAUCUCAAUCCUCCCAAUCGUUGCCUGCGUGUUCCUGAUCAAGGAUAUUCGCUUGACACGCGCGCAGAAUGACGUGGAGGGUACCGAUCUGUCGGGCGAGGUCAUUUGAGUGACAUCCGUUCAGAGUGUUGCGAAGUCCCAUUGUCAGUCUAGCAUGUAAUGAAGUUGUGCGCAUCUCCGCCCGGGCCGGACUGUAGGGUCCGCCGGGACGAGCACCGGCUCGCCGGCUUGGCAAUCUUGG